AUGCGGGACUUUGAGGACGAGGAGGAUGUUGAAAGUAUAUGUGUUGAGGAUGCCCCCUCUUCAUCAAAGGGCAGCAUCGCGUCAAGUCCAGCGCCGAGCACGGCCCUUCCGCACGACGACUCGGCUUUGACACGACAUCUCGACGACCCUCUCCUCAGCAACCUGCAGCUCGCAGACCCCCAUCUCGUCUCCUAUUACGUCUACCGCCUCUGUCCGCUCACCGUCCCCUGCGCCGACCACACAACCCGCUCCCCCUUCUCGGCGCUGCUCGUCCCGUUCGCCCUUUCCUCUCCGUCGCCCGCCACUCUCGACGCCCUCCUCGGCCUGGCCGCCUCCCAUCGCUCCCGUUCGGAGCCCGCGUACCAGCCCGUCGCCAUCGCCUACUACCGCAGGACCGUACGCGCCGUGCGCGCCCUCCUCGCGGCAGGCCCUGCGGCGCGGCUCGUCGCCGACCCGGAGAUCAUGGCGCUGGUCAUGCUGCUGUGCCAGCAUGAGCUCAUCCGUGACGGAGGGAGUAGCUGGAUAGUGCACCUCCGAGGUGCGCGGGAUCUGAUUCGCCUCCGAAAGCAGCAGCAGCAGCAGCAGCGUCAGCAAGCAAGCGGGUCGAGCGCGCUGGAGCGACGGACGGGCCAUAACUCAUGGGAGCAAAUCACAGCGUUUGCGGAGCGCUUCUUUGCCUUCUACGACGUCAUGGGCCGGACCGCCUGCGGAGAGGAACCAAUGUUUGGGAGCGAGUACUGGAGCGUCGAGGACGACGCCGUGGAUCCAUGGAUGGGCUGUUCGCCGCGCAUGGUCAACAUUAUCAGUGCCGUUACGGAGCUGAGCUGGACGCUGCGUCGUGUUGAUCCUCACUCAGGGGUCGCCUGCAGGCAAGAUGUAGCAGUGCAGCGGGAGAGGCUCGAAGCGCUGCUUGCAGAGUCACACGCCGAGGAGUCGCGCGACAGUCGUCAAGAGGGCGAUGCCAUGAGCCGCUGCGUCGAGCUCAAGCGCCUCACUGUGCAACUGUACAUCCAGGCCGCUCUCACAGACUCGACGCCUUCGACGCCUACGGUCCGUCACCGAGUCUCGCACAUCCUUCGCCUCGUAGCCGAGCUACUAGCCUUGGGCGUCCGGGCGGGCCUGACGUGGCCGCUGUUCAUGACUGCCUGCCAACUUGAGCCGACCGAGGAGCUGGACUGGACGGCGGAGAGCGGACAAGACGACGGCGAUUGGAGAGAUGUCCCACGGUUCGCACGGCCUUUUAUCCUCUACGCGCUGGACCAGCUGGCGGACACACUGUCGAGCGUUGCGCGCACAAGACUGGUCAUCGAGAAGGUGUGGAAGACGAGGGAGGCGGCUUGUGUGCGCGCCGCCGCGGCGUGCCCCGAUGAGGAGGCGUUCAACGACUGGGCAUGCUUUGUAGCGCCGCUGUGCCAUAACAUCAGUGUGGUGUAA